CUCACAUGCUCAAACUGCAUCGCGCUUAAUGCCAUAAACUAGUUUUGAGGACUUUGUAGCCAAAUUAAUCAAUAAUUGCAGUCAAAUAUUGAUAUAUACAAAGUACUUUGCCACCAACAACUAUUCAGCCUCCGCAUUCUCGUGACAAGACAUCCCACGCGAGUCAUAUUUGGAAGAUUGCUGUCGCAUGACAAUCCUAAAGGACCAAAAACUAUUGAUACAGACGAAUAUGCGUAUUUUUUUAGGCAGGGCAUUGGUCCUCUGUACAAUUCUUAAGCCGUUACGUUUAUCUAGGGCAAGUUAUUUUCAAUGAUUUAGCAGGAUUUAGUUCGCCUUGUCCAGCAGUGACUGGAACAGAUUGCUAUUUCGUUUUUAGACAUGCACGGACUGAGUUGCAAAUGUAAAUGGGGCCUUACUUUCACUCUGUUCUUAUCUGUCAUUUGCGUGUUUAUCUUCUGUGAAUAUUUGAUAUAUUACCCUGCAAUUUUGCGUUGUUCGUGGCCGAAGUUGAAUAGAGACAGCGGCAAGGGAGUCCCCCCGCUUCGCGCUUUGUUUCUGUCGGAUACCCACCUCCUUGGCGCAAUAAAGGGACACUGGUUCGACAAACUGCGAAGAGAAUGGCAGAUGGAGAGAGCUUUCCAGACAGCACUGGGGGUCCUACAGCCAGAGGUGGUCUUCAUUUUGGGAGACAUAUUCGACGAGGGGAAAUGGAGCUCCCCAAAGGACUGGGAGGACGACGUCCGACGCUUUACGCAGAUCUUCCGACAUCCCAGAGACGUGGAGCUUAUAGCCCUCAUUGGUAACCAUGACAUCGGCUUCCAUCAUGAAAUGAGCUGGUACAAACUUGAACGCUUCGAGAGGGUGUUCAAUGUCACCUCUGCCCGGAUCGUAACCAACAAGGGAGUCAAUUUUGUACUGGUGAACAGUAUGGCCAUGCAUGGAGACCGCUGCCCCAUCUGCGAGCAUGUGGAAAACGAGCUGUACAGCCUCUCUCAGGCUCUCAACUGUUCAGUGCUGAGCCACCGGUCAAGCAGCAUGAGAACAUACUGUCAGGAGGACAUGCAGAAGUUUCCCCGUUCAUCACCUAUCAUCCUGCAGACCUUCUGUCGGAAGCACUACCCUUUGUACCGACCUAACGAUGCAGAGUGCACUGGGCAGGACGCCGCCUCUCCUGAAGAGCGACACCAGGUGUUCCAUGAGCGCUAUGACGUGCUAUCCCAGGAGGCUUCUCAAAGGUUACUUUGGUGGUUCCAGCCCCGACUUAUCCUGAGUGGCCACACCCACAGUGCCUGUAAGGUGGUCCAUGACAACAAGCAUCCAGAGAUCAGCGUUCCUUCCUUCAGCUGGAGAAACCGCAACAACCCCAGCUUCAUCCUGGGCACCUUCUCUCCCACGGACUUCCAGUUGGCCAAGUGCUUCCUGCCAGAGGAGAGCAGCGUGGUGGCCAUCUACUGUUCCACAGCCAUGGUCGUCUUCCUCCUGCUCUUGGCCCACCUACAUCUCACCAAGACCUCCAUGCUCCUGGCCACCAAUGUAAUGGGCAAGCACAAGGGCUUCUGACAGUUUCUAGAUCGUUCCGUUUGCUUGGCGGGUCGCUUUUAAAGAAAAGUCCCCUGAAGUGUGACUGAAACCAAUAGAGGGUGAAAUGUUCUAGGUGAAUGGCAAGAGAUAGGCCCUAUGGUUACCUGUCAAAGUAACUGUAUGAGGACAUCUGUGUGACCUGUCACCUUUGAUGCCCUCAGGCCCCAUGUUCCAAAGACUCCUGUGUAGACACUCCUGACAUAGAUCCCAACAUCACCUUUUACAGGGAGGCCCUGAGUCCUGACAUAGAACCCAAAAGCACCUUUUACAGGGAGGGCCUGGGUCCUGACAUAGAACCCAACAGCACCUUCUACAUGGAGGGUCUGGGUCCUGACAUAGAACCCAACAGCAACUUUUACAGGGAGGGCGUGGGUCCUGACAUAGAACCCAACAGCACCUUUUACAGGGAAGGUCUGGGUCACUCUGGGAUAGUUUUUACUGAUCAAUUACGUGCCCUGAGAUUUUAUCCCUCGUUUCCCUUUUUAAAUUAUUGGCAACUUGAAUGUUUUUAAAUUUGAUCUCUGAUCUACUGGUGAAUAAGCUAUGACAGGGCCAUCUUUGAGCUUUUUAAACGUGAUCUGGACGAAAACAGUCAAGGGAAGAUGUUGACACUGGGUUUCUUGUAACUGUAAUUUAUGCAUAUACAAAGUGUACAUAAUCUGUCAUAUUUUCCCGCAUAUUCAGUUUAGACAACCCCCCCCCCCCAAAAAAAAAGUUUUCUGAUGUGCCUCUUUAUUAAAAUAAAAAUAUUUUUCCAUAAA